UUAGUUAUUCUCAAUAAGAUUUUUGUUAAAAGUAUGCUAAUACAUUGCGUAACAUGUUUGGAAAGAAAUGGAAUACCUUGCUAAACUAAAGAAGAAGAAGAAGGAAUAUCGAGUUGGGUACAACUGUUUAGUCACGCUCGGGUGACCUACCCACGUGACGAGCAGUUCUUAACAGAAAAAUAUCGAAGAAGAAGAAAAUCAACGAGCUCAAUACAACAAAGUGAACUUGAGCAAUAUACACAAGGGAAAGCAACGUUAACACAAGUUGGUCGACAAGAACUUCGGCGAUCUCGAACAUAUUCAACACAUUGCGACCUUGAUUCGACCGCCUGUCGAAAGCAACGUCAUCUAACACAGUCUAUCAACACAAUACCAACUCGGACUUCACUUACACGAGUUACACAAAUUAAAGACGAUCGUUGUCGGCUUCCUUCAGUUACCGAGGAAGAACCACCAGAUGAACAAGUCCUGAUAAAACAUCGCCGCUUUCGAAGUUUUACCAAGCUUUUCUUAUCAAGCAAAAAAUACCAGCAGUCUCCUACCGAAAAAAAACUUACACAUCGUGUCUCGCUUGGCAAAUCGCCUCUCGUACGUGAUAACACUAAGAAUCGAACUAAAGGUCACAGAGUUGUUCGAGUGACGUCAGCACGUGUGAUGACGCGUACUGUCCAGUCGUCAACUGUGGAAACAGCCAGCGUACCUGGUUUGGACGAAUCUGCAUCUAAACGUGAUGACGAGCCCCACACAGCCAGUGUUGAAGCUCUAGUGCGGAGGUGUGCUGAUUGUUAUGAUGGUGAUGGAAGUUGCUCCGACGAAAAUUUUCCUCAAGUUCUGUUUCUCACACAUCUAUGGUUUAUGACAUCAGAACAGCUGUUGGUGUUGUUCAGUCAAUUGUUCGAUAGCGCAAAGGAUGAUCAACUUACGAAGAAAAAGGUUUUUUAUUCCAUAAGAUCGUGGCUUCAUGAGUUUCCUCACAUAUUCGAUCUUGAUAAAAACCUCGUUCGAGCAUUGCAGCAACUACAAUCAAAUGCCGAGAAUGAUGAUGACGUAGACACCUCAAUCAUCGACCUCAGUAAUAAGGGUUCUUAUAAAUGGAUGUCCGAAGCUCAUCUUUCUAUCCGUCCGAACCAAGUAAAUAGGAAACGUCGGAAAGUAUCUCUCGUAUUUAACCACUUGGAACCUGAAGAACUCGCCAUUCAUAUUUCCUAUCUUGAAUAUAAAUGUUUCAGGCGAUUGACCCUAUCGGACUUUCACAAUUACGCUGUCCAUGGUGCAAUUAAGGACAAUCCAAAAUUAGAAAGAGCUGUUGUGUUGUUUAAUAACAUUACGCACUGGGUGCAAUGCAUGGUGCUUGGUCAUCCUAAAGCACAAGAACGAGCGGUCGCGAUCGCAAAAUUCGUGGAAAUCGCAAAGAAACUUCACGCAAUGAGAAACUUUAACACAUUAAUGGCAAUUGUGGGUGCUCUGACACAUACUGUUAUAUCACGAAUGAAGAAAACAAUGGCAGUUCUUCCUAAAGAGACUAUGAAGGCUCUGGAAGAAUUUGUAGAUUUGCUUGAUUCCAAAUCAAACUAUGGAGCAUAUCGAAAAGCUUAUUCAGAUGCAGGGAAAGAAUUCAAGAUUCCUAUAAUAGGAAUUUUGAUGAAAGAUUUGAUUGCUUUACAUGCCGCGCUUCCAGAUCGAGUGGGAGAUGGUUUGAUUAAUGUUAGAAAGAUGAUAGGCAUCGGCGGCCGGUUUCAAGAAAUAUCAUAUCUUCAACGAACACCAUUUCCCUAUGAAGUGAACAGAGACUUAGUAAACACAUUGCGCGUUUCACUUUACCUUUACUAUAGCGAGGAGGAGAUAUACCAACUUUCAAUUUCUCGUGAACCGAGAGAUGUCAAACAUAACAACGCAGCUAAUUACAAUUCUCCAUCUAAGUUUGAGAACAUGGGGUUUGGUGAGUUCGCUCGUUAUACGUGCCACCUUGAUAGCGAAACUAUUCGGCAACACGUCACUGCGAUGGUCACUUCGGUGUUUAAGGCUUACGAUCAAAACUCGGAUGGUUUUAUAUCAGAAGCCGAAUUUGAGACAUUUAUUCGUAAUUUUCCUGGCCUUGAUUCGUUCUCUACUGUUGAUAAGGAUAAGGACGGACGCAUCAGUAUAUCUGAGAUGUUGGAUUACUUCUUAAAAAUAAGUUCAACUAGACGCAACGAAGUAUAUCAGGUUUUCAAACAUGAUUUUGUUGAAACAACUUAUUUUCACCCAACUUUCUGCGAGGAAUGUGAAAAACUGUUGUGGGGCUUGGUCAAACAAGGUUGGAAAUGUAAAGGUUGCGGAAUAAACUGUCACAAGCAUUGUAAAGAAAGGAUCGUACAGGAGUGCCGGCCAAAACAGCAAAGCAGAAACGGAAGUAUAUCGAGUCAAAGUCCAGUGGAAAAAGUAAAAAAAAGCGAAAAACUUCGGGAAAAAUCGUCAGUUUCUUCGGAGUCGGACUUCUCUUUAAACGGAGAUACAAUAUCAGCUUCUGCCGUAUCGAUAACUGAAGACGAAGCUUUUGACGUCGAUCUUCAUCAAAACGAAAAUUUAUCUACGAUACGGUCGUCGUCGCUUGCCUCGGUUGACGAAAUCGGAUCUCGAAAAACAAAACUCCAGCCAAAUGAUCGAAGAAAAGCAAAGUUGAUGUCGAAAACUCCCCCGCCCAUGAGAAAAGUGUCUUCAUCGACAUUUGCCGGUGAUCUUGGCCGAGUGUCGCUUCAAAAGAAAAUGCAGAAUAUUCUGAAGAAAAAGAAUUCUAUGAAGAAAGUAUCGGAAGGGAAUGUGGAAGUUGGGACGCAAACCGCUCCUUCCAUCCUCCCAACAUCUAGUGGAGUGGUGGAGGCAUCUUCCGCCUCACCCCCUGAUACACCCUCACCAAUCUCAUCGUUUUUGUACGGGAACCCGUCUUCUUUUAAGCCGAAAAGAUUGGGCAGCACUGGAGAAGACCUUACUGACGACAAAGAGUUUGAUCCAAGUUACAGCGCAAUGGGGCAUGCCAUGGUAGGCGCACCAGCUUCGAUAAUAGGCACUCCUCAAACCAAAACACGAUUGCGAAGUCAAUUAAACAAAACCACGGAUAUAUCCGAUCGACCAGCGGCUGAAAGAAGAGAUAGUGGGUUAAGUGGAUGUGGGAAUGUAACUAAUGCAGCAUCUCCAUCUGGCACAAUUACUCCUGUAUUUGAAGAAAAAGCAGCUUCUCAUUUUUGUUACCCUGCAACAACAAAGCUUUCUUCAUCAAACGCCGCAGAUGAUAAAAACACGGAUGUAAAAGUUUUACUCGAAGAAGAAAACCGUCGACUGCGGAAGGAAAACGAAGCCCUCACGAAAGAGCUAGCCAAAUCUCACGACAUUAUAAAGAAUUUACAAGUGCAGGUCGACAAUAUGCAGUCAGAGAGUCACGUUUAAUUCGUUAUGUUUUGCUUGCUCUUGCGAACUAAUGAAGGGGUUACGGUGCGUGCUACAGCUGAACUUUUUAAGCAUACGUAAUGUGCAAAACCAUCAACAACUGCAAUAGUAUUUUGUGUUCUCAUUUGAAAUUUUACUGUUUUAUUAACGCCUUGAUGUAAAAUCAAUAUUUUAUGUGCAAUUUGUUCCGCAACAUCUUUGGUGCAGUGGAACUACUUUUAUUAUCAAGUGUUGUGAAACGUUUAAUAAAAACUCUGAGAACAGU